GUUUAACAUGAGCUCCUCCCAGAGUGAGGAUAUAUAAUCUCCAUCAGAAGCUGUGAGAGGACACUCUCUGAAGACUGGACUACAAAAGAAGGAUGAAGCUGCUGGCUGCUGUGCUGAUGCUCCUCACUCUAGGAGCUCUGGGAGAUGUAGUAGAUGACUUUACAAAGCAUUGUAGUCAGUUCUUUCUGGAUGGCAAACCACCCAGAAUGUUUCCUGACAACAAUGCUGUGUCAGAUGACAACAAGCAGAUUUGUCAGAAAUACAAUAAAGAAUAUCAUUAUGCAACUUUGUAUGAUUCCAAACGAAAGAUUCCCGUUUACUCUGCCUAUGAGUUUAAAAGGACAGAGGACUGCAAAGUGCCAAGACCUAAAAUGGACUUCAGGACUGACUCACAGCUUGGAAAAGUCCAGGCCUUUGAUUCUGACUACUCAAAAUCAGGCUACACCAGAGGUCACCUGUUUCCUGUCUGCCACACUGACUCUGAGGAUGCUGCAAAGAGCACCUGCAUCCUCACCAACACAGCACCUCAGGAGGAGAAUUUUAACGGCAUCUACUGGGCUAAAGUGGAAGACGAUGUGAGAAAGACCCUGUGGAAAGACUGUUUGAACAAAGGGAGACGAGCUUAUGUAGUAACUGGAGUUGUGCCGAGUCGUGAAAAAGAUCUUGAGACGCUGAAGAAUGAGGGCAAGGUGAACGUGCCGACUCACUUCUGGAAUGCGUACGCCUGCUGUAAGACUGAUGUCAAUAAUAAUUGUGAUAAUAAUAAACAUGAAUUUGGUGGUUACAUUAUGCACAAAGAUGCUAAGACACCUGAAAAGUAUGGGGAACAAAAUACAUUUGAAGAUGAGCUUACAAAUUUAUACAAUAUAGACUGUAAAUUUAAGGUAUUUGCAGAUGCAAACUCUCAGCAACCAGCACCCAGCAGCAGUGGACAGCAGUCAUGGUUGAAGAAAUGGUGUACAUUUCUUUAAGUGCUCUUUUGGGAACACAUAUGUUAGUAUAUAAGUAAUAUUUGAUAAACAGUUGAUAGUUCAAGAUGAGAUGUUUUUAAUUACAGUAUGAUUAUUAUAUUUGGUGUACUGAGCGUGUUUGUGUGAGUUAAUGAAAUGAAAUGUUACGUUCAGACUGAAAAGGGUUAAAAAUGUUUUUACUGUCUGGAUGAACUGAAAUACUGAUCAUAACAAU